AUGGGUAAUGUAGAUAUGGCUAAUGUAGAUAUGGCUAAAGUAGAUAUUGCUAACUUCGAUAUGGCUAGUGUAGGUAUGACUAGUGUAGAUAUAACUGAUGCAUAUAUCACUAAUGUAUAUAUGGCUAAUGUAUAUAAUGCUAAUGUAGAUAUAACUGAUGCAUAUAUCACUAAUGUAUAUAUGGCUAAUGUAUAUAAUGCUAAUGUAGAUAUAACUGAUGCAUAUAUCACUAAUGUAUAUAUGGCUAAUGUAUAUAAUGCUAAUGUAGAUAUGGCUAAUGUAGAUAUGGCUAAUGUAGAUAUGGUUAAUGUAGAUAUGGGUGAUAUAAAUAUGGCUAGUGUAGAUAUGGCUAAUGUAGAUAUGGCUAAUGUAGAUAUGGCUAAUGUAGAUAUGGCUAAUGUAGAUAUUGCUAACUUCGAUAUGGCUAGUGUAGGUAUGGCUAGUGUAGAUAUGACUGAUGCAUAUAUCGCUAAUGUAUAUAUGGCUAAUGUAUAUAAUGCUAAUGUAGAUAUGGCUAAUGUAAAUGUAGCUAAUGUAAAAAUGGCCAAUUUAUACAUGGUUCAUAAAGAUAUGGGCUAUGUUACUUUAUAUAUCAACUUUUAA